AUGGCAGCGAAGCUGGUGGGAGGUUGCUUACAUGGAAAGUUUAUCGAUGCAACACCAUUUGCAAGCUCAGAUAAGAAGGCUAACUCAGGCAACGAAUAUAAAUCCAGUUCGCUUGUCGAUGAACUAGGUUCCAUGUUAACUGAUUGUGGGUUUAAUUAUCAUGGUUUAGAGGUCCUGUACAGUGGAGUUUACGGGACAGAACUAACGUGUGAGAUAUUUAUUGGGCCUGUUUAUUAUCAGCGACUCCGGCAUAUGGUUUCAGACAAAUAUCAGGUUCGGUCCACUGGAACAGUAGAUCAGGUCACCCGGCAGCCUAUCAAAGGUAGAAAACGUGGUGGGGGUAUCCGUUUUGGAGAGAUGGAACGGGAUUCCCUUCUUGCUCAUGGGGCAGCAUAUUUAUUACAUGACAGGCUCCAUACAAGUUCUGAUCAUCACUUUGCCGAUGUAUGUUCCCUUUGUGGAAGCAUCCUCACAACAACACUCAUACAACCACAGAAACGAGCAGUGCGAGAGAUUGGUGGGCUUCCUCCUGGUAGAUCACCCAAAAAGGUCUUUUGCAAUGCUUGCGAGACAAGUAAAGGAAUGGAAACUGUUGCGAUGCCAUAUGUCUUUAGAUUUUUGGCCGCAGAACUAGCAGCUAUGAAUAUUAAAAUGACCCUAGAGCUAAGUAACGGAGCAGGAGCUUGA